AUGGCUCAGAAGCCCAUGGUUGCCUACGGUCUAGAUAAUUUUCGUUGUGAUAGCGAUGAUGAUAAUGAAACACAUGAAAAACCAAAGGAAAUUAACGGCGAAAAACACCUUCAAGCCAAGAAUGCCUUUACUGCUAAUUUACAAAUUUUGAGAGUCGAAACUCGUUAUGAUCUCUCGACUCCUUCGGCUCAAAAAGUGAUAAAAGGAACUUCAUCGGGACAUACACAAACCUUCUAUAUUGGUCCGAAUGGAUUGAUUUUCAACGAUGAUGACGCUUCAAAUGAUGCCAAAAAGCAAAUGAAUAUUCCAUAUGAUGACUUGGAGUGUUAUAAAAUGGGUCUAGGGGCUGGUGCUUUCGGAUCUGUUGUACUCGCCAAACACAAAGAAACAGGUCAAAAAUUUGCCCUAAAAACUAUUAGAGAAAAAAAAGGAGAUAAUGUAUUCUCGGAUGACGAUGAAUCAGAUCAAAACAAAUUGAUUUGGGCUGAAUUUAAAGCCAUUUACGAAAGCGAUCAUCCUAAUUUACUCAAAGUGCAUAAUUGCUAUUUCAGAGAUUAUUGUUUUUACAUGCUGUUAGAUUAUUGCAAUUGUGGCAGCCUGAAGGAUGUAUUCAAGGUCACAGAGGGAACCACAGAACGAAUGAUGUCAGUAAUUGUCGAGAAAAUUCUCAAAGGACUGAACUAUUUACAAAAAGAGAAGCAUAUUAUUCAUAGAGACAUUAAACCAGAAAACAUUCUUGUAGAUUAUGAUCCGAACACACAGCAUGCAGAGGUAAAGAUUGGAGAUUUUGGUUUGUGUGGUCACAAAAAACUUGAUAUCAACUCUGAUUUAGGCAAGACCAUGUUUAAUACUGUGAAUGGCACAACCAUUUAUUUGUCUCCUGAAAGGCUUCAAGGAUGCUCAUACAAUUAUAAUUCAGAUAUUUGGAGUUUGGGAGUGUUAACAAUAGAAUUGAUGACAAAAGUCCAUCCAUUGAGUACACUUCCGACACUCUCACAUUUCGAUAUUGUAGACAAACUUGAAAAUAUACAGAAUGAUAUCACCGAAAUAAUAGAAAAAUACAAUGCAACUACGGAAAAGAAAAUAAGUCCAGAAUUCAGAGAUUUCGUAUUAAAAUGUUGUGAGCCUGACAAAGACAAACGACCAUUUGCUGAUGAGCUUCUCCACCACCCAUGGAUUACCAAAUUUAAGGACGGAAAGGACAAUGAACAAUUAUUCUCUCUGUGGCUAAAACAAUUUUUCAUCAAGAAAAAGAGUGUCACCAAAUAA